CGAGCGAAGAAGCAAAAUUCAAUUGCUCUGGGUUUUUGAUCUUUUAGGGUUUCUGUGAAAUUUGGAUGGAAACCUCAACCCUAUCUGAAGAUAAUCAUAAAGGAAGAAGCUUUCGUUGUUUCCAUUGUAUCAGCUCCUUCAAAAACUCUUGUCUCUAUUGCUUCUCGAUUUUGUAGAAUUGGGUUCUUCUAGGUUUUGGUUAUGGACCGUAUUGCUCAAUCAGAUCUCUCUUUAGGAUUCGGUAGCUCCCACGCUUUACCUCAGCCUCCGAGAAUCCCAAUUGCUGAUGACUCAAUCACGCUUCAGAUUGAUUCUAGCUUCCGUCCUUCGUCUAAUCCUAUGCCUCCUGUUCCGCUUCAGUUGCUUGAGCAGAGAUUCGAUGUUACCGGAUCGUGUAGCCGAGUCGUUGAGGAAGAAGAUGAUGUUGUUGGUGAUUAUGAUGAAGAAGAUGAUGAUGAUCAAAGAGAAGAGGAGCAAUUUAUUCUCUUGGGUCAUCCUAUGAAGUUGAAACGAGGUAGAGGUGGGAAUUCAUAUUCAAUGUCAUCAUCAAGUAAGAGAUUUGUAGUUGAUUCAGGGAUUGAAAGUAGACGAGCCGCCGUUAGAGCUUGGGGUAAUCAGUCGAUUGAAGAAGCUGAUCCUGAGAUUCAUGAGUUUAUGGAGAAGGAAAAGCAGAGACAAUUUAGAGGUAUUGAGCUUAUAGCUUCUGAGAAUUUCGUGUGUAGAGCGGUGAUGGAAGCUUUAGGUAGUCAUUUGACUAAUAAGUACUCGGAAGGAAUGCCUGGAGCUAGAUACUAUAUGGGGAAUCAGUAUAUUGAUCAGAUUGAGAUUCUUUGCCAAGAGCGUGCGCUUGCAGCUUUUGGACUUCAUCAUGAGAAAUGGGGAGUUAAUGUGCAGCCUUAUUCGUGCACUUCCGCCAAUUUCGCUGUUUUCGCUGGUCUUUUAAUGCCCGGUGAACGAAUUAUGGGAUUGGAUUCUCCCUCAGGUGGUCAUAUGAGUCAUGGGUACUACACACCAGGUGGGAAGAAAGUCUCUGGUGCGUCUAUAUUCUUUGAGAGUUUUCCGUAUAAGGUUGAUCCUCGUACAGGGUAUAUUGAUUAUGAUAAGCUUGAGGAAAAGGCGCUUGACUAUCGUCCCAAGAUACUUAUUUGUGGUGGGAGUUCAUAUCCGAGAGACUGGGAAUUCCCUAGGUUUAGGCAUAUUGCAGACAAAUGUGGAGCUGUUUUGAUGUUUGACAUGGCACAGAUUAGCGGUCUAGUGGCUGCCAAGGAAAGUCCAAAUCCAUUCGAUUAUUGCGAUAUUGUUACCUCAACAACACACAAGUCUCUCCGUGGACCUAGGGGCGGCAUCAUAUUUUACAGGAGAGGCUUGAAGCCCAAGAAGCAAAGCAUGAAUCUUAAUCACUGUGAGAGCAAUAUCCAGUAUGAUUUUGAAGAAAAAAUCAACUUUUCUGUCUUUCCAUCGUUGCAAGGCGGGCCUCACAAUAACCAUAUAGCUGCUCUAGCCAUUGCCCUCAAGCAGGCCGCUUCACCAGAGUACAAGCUUUACAUGCGACAGGUCAAAAAAAAUGCCAAGGCUUUAGCAUCUGCUUUGAUAAGCAGAAAGUGCAAGUUGAUAACAGGCGGCACCGAUAAUCAUUUGCUUCUCUGGGAUCUAACACCUUUGGGCUUGACAGGCAAGGUGUAUGAGAAAGUAUGCGAGAUGUGCCAUAUCACGGUCAACAAAGUCGCCAUUUUCAGCGAAAAUGGUGUUAUUUCCCCUGGAGGAGUGAGAAUAGGCAGUCCGGCUAUGACCUCAAGAGGUUGUUUAGAACCAGAAUUUGAGACAAUGGCUGAGUUUCUAUAUAGAGCUGCUCAGAUAGCAAGUGCUGCACAAAGGGAACACGGGAAGUUGCAAAAGGAACCGCUCAAAAGCAUCUAUCACUGUAAAGAGAUUGCAGAUCUUCGGAACCAAGUCGAAGCUUUUGCUACCCAGUUUGCAAUGCCUGCCUUUGACAUGUGAGUCAGCCUGAAGAACGAGACCAGCUCAAUCUCUCUCUCUCAUUUUUUGUUGCCAUGGUAAUCCAUACACCCAUUUCUCUAUUUUACAAUGUCAACAUUCCCUAAAUUGGCUAAACUUAGAUCAAUAUUUGGUGGGGGAAAAACAAACUUUUGUGAGUUGCUAUGGUCGUUUAUUCUUCAAUGCUUGUGUACAUAACAUUGGGGUUGUGUUGGGUAUUAGUGUAUCCCUUUGUGUUCUUUUAAAAUGGUAAUAAUAAUGCAGUUGAAAUUUU